AGUUGUGAUUAGUUAUAUAUUUCGCAGAAUUUAUAAAAAGUGUAAAACGCAAGAGGUAUAUCAUCUCGUUGCGGUGUUUUGUAAAGUCUAAUUUGUGGUAAUCUGCUACUAAAAACAUGUAUGAGGAGCUUCAGCUUGAAAAAUGGUUGCUGAUUUUCAUUUAACCUAAAUGCUUGAAUUUACAAUAUGCCCAAAUGUUAAGGAGAUGGCUGGCUGAAAAUUUCCACCCCUCCAACUUUCCGCCCACUACAUAACGUUUGUUUUUUCUUCACUUCACUGUGACCCCGUUCGUAAACAAAGCUCAACAAAAAAAAUAUGAAAGACAAAAACAACAACGAACAUUCGGUCUGCUUUGCCCGGACGGACGGUUUGUUUUGAACCGUUUUUGCGUUUUCCCUCUUAUGUGACAUAUUCUCUUAUUCUCUCAAAAUAACUGCGAGAGGAUGGGUGAGAGAGCGCGACUUCGCCAUAAGAGAGAAUGGAAUGGAAUAAAAUAAAAAAUGAAAAUGUAUGCGUAUGAUAAAUGAACGAACUAAAAAAAAUUAAAGAUUAGAAGAAUUUUUUCAUUUUGACAAGUUAAAAGCCCAAAUGAAGGUGUGAAACGGAAAAACCUCAAAAAAUCUGAAAUAAAUUUAAUUCUAAGCAGUCGCCACAUAUAAAAAAAGUAGUAGAGUAAAAGUUUAACCACAAUUGCGACGGAAUAAAGUGUGUUUGCAUGCAUCCAAAAGUGAAAAAAGGCGAAAUUGUGUGUGUAGUUUAUAGAAUUGGUGGAUCCAAGUGAAAAAUUUACGCUGUUGCCCCUACGGAUACAAAAUGGUUUUGCGUUCGGGCAUUAUAUUGCCUUUUCAGUUUCGAGACACGAAAAAACUGUUGAUGAUUGGAGUGCCAGAGGAAAAUCGUGAUCUGAGUAUUUGGGAUUUGAAAAAUGUCGUUCGCGCCGCUUUUGGAAUUUAUAAUUUUGAAUUUCGCAAUAAGAAGAUUGGUUUCAACAUCCCCGAUGAAUUGCUACUGCAGUAUUUGGCCCAGCGACACGAUUUAACCAAUUUCGUUAUAGAAAUUGGCCAGGUGUUUGAUCCGUGUAAGGAUAACUACCAUACGCUGAUAUCGAAUUGCUUCUCCUGCCGUUGUGGUUCGACACAAAAACAAGCUUUAGAUUUACACGAACCUUCGAAAACACAACACAACACUGCCAGUGGACCGGAACAACACAACAGCCACCACCAACACCACCACAAUCAGCAACAUGUACAACCCCACUACAGUAGUGCUUCCAAUUCACAACAUUCACCGGAUAACGAUGAAGAACCCCCCCUGAAAUUACGCAUUUCCAAUGUGAACUUACUGCCUUCCAAUAUGGACACAGCCGAACACUUCGAGAUAGAGCCUAAAAUCGACUAUGAUGAAGUAUCGCCAUCGCCGCCUCCCUCAGUGCAUUCGCAACAGCAGCAGCAGCAACAACAUCAUCAUCAACAACAACAACAGCCACCCCCACCACCACCAGCAUCAUCAGCUUCCAUACCCUUGGCCGAGGCAUCUGCAGCGGCGGCGGCGGCGGCAGCAGCAGCUGCUGCCAGUCAGCAGGCAGCUGUGGCUGCAUUAGCAUUAAGCUCUUCAACGUCAGCAUUGAAAUUGCACAAUAAUCCCGAUACCGACGAGGAGACCACGUAUAUGGAAAGGGAGCUACAGGAACAGGAAUUGCAUUUAGAGCGUAUGCAUGAGUAUUUUCUACAACAACAGCAUUUACAACAGCAGCAGCAACAACAACAGCAGCAACAUCAACAGCAACAACACCAGCCACACAUAGAGUCCUUAUUGCAGGAAUCCACCUCAACGAAUAGUUUGAGACAACGCAAAGAACGUAUGUCGAAAAAACAAAAGGAAGUCUAUGUGAACUUCCUGGAACAGAAUGCAGUCAUUAAUGAACAUAGACGCAAUGAUCCGGCACUAAACCGUUAUUGGGUUAAAUUGGCCGACAUACUAAACUCAGUACCUCAAGGAGCAGUUAAACAUGUUGCCGAAUGGAAACAGACUUUUGACAAUUGGCGUUAUCGUGUUUUCCUAUAUGCCCGCUACAAUUCAAAAAUAUCCGGUGAAGAGGCUCUUAAUCCCAAAUGCUUUAAACCACUGACGAUCACGGACAAAAGAGCCUACAACAUAUGGAUACGAAAUCCGGACACCGCCCCACCGGAUCUAGAACAAAUGCGUAAUGUUUUCAUGAACCUCGAAGAAGCGCAACCCGAAUAGCGCGAGGUGGAUGAUUUCAAGAGGAAUUCGGAACGUAGAUAAUUUUGAAUUUUUUGUUCGAAAUUAAACAAAAAAAAAAACUAAACUUUUGUGCUAUAAUGAAAACGCCAUGCCAUUAAUUUGUGUGCUAAUCUUAAAAAAAAAAAACAAAGAAAAAAAUACAACAAAUUGCUACUCACUACCAAUUUACUAAGAGGAAACAGAAAGAGGAAUGAAGGAUGCAAGAAAUCUUACCACACUACUACCAUCUAAUUACAAUACAUACUACGAUUGUUGUCUGUUUAGCCAUGUAGUCCAUUAGUUUCACUUUUUUUAAGAUUACUAUUAAUUUUUGUGUUGUUCGUAUGCUUUUUUUUACAAAUUAUAUAUGUAUGUGUAUAUCUAAAACUAAACUAUGAUGUAUGUAUGUGUUUAUAAUGCUCAAUACUUUUUAAGGAACUCUAUAUUUUUGUUUUAUAACCUUUUUUUAUAGUUUUAAAUGACGA